AUGACUGAAUUCAAAGCCGGUUCCGCAAAGAAGGGUGCUACUCUUUUCAAGACCAGAUGUCUGCAAUGCCACACCGUCGAAAAGGGCGGCCCACACAAGGUCGGUCCAAACUUGCACGGGAUCUUCGGCAGACACUCCGGCCAAGCUGAAGGGUACUCUUACACUGACGCUAACAUCAAGAAGAAUGUGCAAUGGGACGAAAACAACAUGUCCGAUUACUUGACCAACCCAAAGAAAUAUAUCCCUGGUACCAAGAUGGCCUUCGGUGGGUUGAAGAAGGAAAAGGACAGAAAUGACCUGAUCACCUACUUGAAGAAGGCCUGUGAAUAA